AAAGGAAUUCACAGAGAGACGAGACGACGUUUCACUUCGAACGCGUGGGGGCUGCGCCGCACGUGUUGCUUGGUGGCGGUGGAGCGUUCGGCUGAUACGAAACCCCCCUCCCCUUCGCCACCUCGUUCCCAACACACGCCAUUUCGCUGGAAGCUAGGGUUUGCGCCUCUCGUGUGUUCUCAUACUGAAGGGAGGGGUCUAGGCUUUAUUUGUUUGGCUGCGAUUCGAUCUUAUAUUUUAAGUGUCGAGGCAAGGAGUGGGAGAGAAGGGGAGAGAUGGCGGAUCGAUUGACGCGUAUAGCAAUUGUCAGCUCCGACCGUUGCAAGCCCAAAAAGUGCCGUCAGGAAUGCAAAAAGAGCUGUCCAGUUGUCAAAACCGGUAAACUGUGUAUCGAGGUCACUCCUGCAUCCAAAAUUGCGUUCAUAUCUGAGGAGUUGUGUAUUGGAUGUGGUAUCUGUGUUAAAAAAUGCCCAUUUGAAGCAAUUCAAAUUAUCAAUCUACCAAAAGAUUUGGAUAAAGAUACAACACAUCGUUAUGGCCCCAAUACUUUUAAAUUACACAGGUUGCCAGUCCCAAGGCCAGGGCAAGUUCUUGGCUUGGUUGGAACAAAUGGCAUUGGGAAGUCAACUGCUCUUAAAGUUUUGGCUGGGAAAUUGAAGCCUAAUUUGGGCCGUUUCAAUAAUCCUCCAGAUUGGCAAGAAAUCUUGACAUAUUUUCGAGGUUCUGAGCUGCAGAAUUACUUCACCCGUAUUUUGGAAGAUAAUUUAAAGGCCAUCAUCAAGCCCCAAUACGUUGAUCACAUUCCAAAAGCAGUGCAAGGCAAUGUGGGGCAAGUGCUUGAUCAGAAAGAUGAGAGAGAGAUGAAAGCUGAAUUGUGUGCUGAUCUGGAACUGAAUCAGGUUCUGGAUCGUAAUGUUGGGGAUUUAUCUGGUGGAGAGCUUCAGAGAUUUGCCAUUGCUGUUGUUGCGAUACAAAAUGCAGAGAUAUAUAUGUUUGAUGAACCAUCAAGUUAUCUUGAUGUUAAACAGAGGCUUAAAGCUGCCCAAGUGGUCCGAUCCCUACUCAGGCCUAACAGUUAUGUAAUCGUCGUGGAGCAUGACCUUAGUGUCCUAGAUUACCUAUCAGAUUUCAUUUGCUGCCUGUAUGGGAAGCCUGGUGCAUAUGGAGUUGUUACCCUUCCCUUCUCUGUCAGAGAAGGGAUUAACAUAUUUUUGGCAGGAUUUGUCCCCACAGAAAAUCUACGUUUUCGGGAUGAAUCUCUUACUUUUAAGGUUGCUGAGACUCCACAAGAAAGUGCUGAGGAAAUUGAGACGUAUGCGCGUUACAAGUAUCCAACAAUGAGUAAGACUCAGGGUAAUUUCAAGCUUCGUGUGCUUGAGGGUGAGUUUACAGAUUCUCAAAUUAUUGUUAUGCUGGGUGAGAAUGGUACCGGGAAGACAACAUUCAUCCGCAUGCUGGCUGGCUUGUUGAAACCUGAUACUGUAGAAGAUUCUGAUGUGGAGAUACCUGAGUUCAAUGUCUCUUACAAACCUCAGAAGAUCAGCCCAAAAUUCCAAUCUACUGUUAGGCACUUGCUGCAUCAAAGGAUACGUGAUUCAUAUAUGCAUCCCCAGUUUGUGUCAGAUGUGAUGAAGCCUCUUCUGAUUGAGCAACUAAUGGACCAAGAAGUUGUCAAUCUUUCUGGUGGAGAGUUGCAAAGAGUCGCGUUGUGUCUGUGCCUUGGGAAGCCUGCAGACAUUUAUCUGAUAGAUGAACCGAGUGCAUAUCUUGACUCCGAGCAGCGAAUUGUUGCCUCAAAAGUUAUAAAGAGAUUCAUCCUUCACGCAAAGAAAACUGCAUUUGUGGUUGAGCAUGAUUUUAUAAUGGCAACUUAUCUGGCAGACAGGGUCAUUGUUUAUGAGGGGAAGCCGUCUGUGGAUUGUACUGCAAAUGCUCCUCAGUCACUGUUGACUGGGAUGAACCUUUUCUUAUCGCAUCUGGACAUCACUUUUAGGAGGGAUCCAACGAAUUUUCGCCCAAGAAUCAACAAAUUGGACUCUACCAAGGACAGAGAGCAAAAAUCUGCCGGAUCCUAUUAUUACCUGGAUGACUAAUUUAUUAACACAGCUGGUGAUUAUUGAAGAGAAACGGGCGCAAACAUCUGCUAGCUUUGGCCUGUGAUUUUGAUGAUGUAAUCAGAAAGACGCCCUCCGCAUACCGCUAGUGUUGAGUGGAAGCAGAAGCAGAUGAGAUGUGCCUGGGAGUACUUUAUUGAUUUUUGCUCUCGUGUUUUUAGGCCCCCCUUCUUCCCCCACAUUAUUAUUAUGUUCUCUUUGACCCGUUUUGCCUGUCGAAAAGUUUCUUGAUUUGAUCCCCUUUUUUAUAUAUACAUCAGUUGUGUGGUAAUGUUCAGCUAUAGAUUCAUAAAAACCAGAAAGCAGGUAGGAACGUUGAAAUAAUUUGUUUGCUGGACAAGGCUUUCUAUAGAGGAUUCAAGUAAAUCGGUCUCCAUUUUUUA